AUGGCCGGAAAACCACACAACCUCAAACAUUUCCUUUCAUUGCAAAAAAUACUGCUCACCAGGUCUUGUAAUAAAAUAUUCUUUCAGAGAAAAGCUAGCAGUUCCCAAUCCAACAAAUACCUUUUUCUUGGAAAUGGACAAGAAAUACCUUUACACAAAACAUUGAUGUUUCAUAUGGAAGGGGCACUUUUGAAAUCAUCUUCAAUGUUCCCUUACUUCUUUCUAGUAGCCUUUGAAGCUGGAGGGCCCUUAAGGGCAGCCAUCCUCUUUCUUUUGUACCCUAUCAUCUGUUUGAUGGGUAAAGAAUGGGGUCUAAAGCUUAUGGUUUUCGUUUGUUUUGUGGGAUUAAAAGAGGAAAGCUUCAGCAUUGGGAGGACGGUGUUGCCCAAGUUCUUGUUAGAGGAUGUUGGGGAUGAAGGGUUUGAUAUGGUAAUGAAAUCCGGUGUUCCAAAAAUUGCAGUCACCGAUAUGCCUAGAGUUAUGGUGGAGUGCUUCUUGAAAGACUACUUGAGGAUCGAAAGUGUUGUAGGGCGAGAGUUGAAGGUCUUUUGUGGAUAUUUUAUAGGGUUUAUGGAGGACCAAAAUGCAGGAGGGGAAGGGAAAAUGGACUCAUCUGUUAUUGGCAUCAGUUGCUUAAACAGCUCUCUUCAGCAUCAACUUUUUUCUUGUUGCGAGGUUGUUUAUUUGGUAAGUGAAACCGACAAGAAGAACUGGGGUGCCCUUCCUAGGGAGAAAUAUCAAAGACCCUUGAUUUUCCAUGAUGGAAGACUGGCUUUAAGGCCAACUUAUAUUGCUGCUUUAUUCAUUCUCAUGUGGAUGCCCUUUGGAAUUUUCCUUCUCCUUGUUAGAGCAGCACUCUUUUUCUUGUUACCGUACAAGUUGUCCAUGCUAUUCUUAUACUUCACAGGUUUGAAAGGCACGUUGAUUAUCUCCAACGACGGUCGUACCGUCAAGGAGCUAAAACGAUUAGGUGAAGAUCGUGGUGUGCUUUUUGUAUGCAAUCAUAGAACUCUGCUUGACCCGAUCUACCUUUCAAUGGCUCUAGCUCAAGUUCGACCUCCUAGUCUGAGUCUCACCGCGGUCACGUACAGUUUAAGUUGGGUAUCAGAGUUUAUUUCACCGAUUAAGACGAUUCGAUUAACAAGAAACAGGGAGAAAGACUCGAAGAUGAUAGAAAAACAAUUGAAACAAGGUGAUCUAGUUAUUUGUCCCGAAGGAACCACUUGCAGGGAGCCGUAUUUGCUGAGAUUCAGUCCAUUAUUCGCCGAGAUAACUGACGACAUAGUUCCGAUCGCCAUUGAUUUCCAUGUGAACAUGUUCUAUGGAACAACAGCCGGUGGGUACAAAUUCUUAGACCCAGUUUUCUUGAUCAUGAAUCCAACAACCCAUUGUUAUGCUACAAUUCUUGAGAAGCUACCAAAAUCAUUUACAUGUCGAGGAGGAGCGAAAUCAAAGUUCGAGGUAGCCAAUCAUGUGCAGGCACUGAUUGGUAAAGCCUUGAACUUUGAAUGCACAUCCUUAACAAGAAAGGAUAAGUACAUGAUAUUGGCAGGCAACGAAGGAAUUGUGUAGCUCUUGCAUUUCUCUAUCCAAACAAAAGGCACAUCCUUUCAUAAC